AUGACGCUCACCGUCCUGUCCGAUGAACAGGUCAACUCUAUAUUCGAAAGCCUCAACCUCGACGAGCUCGAAGAGUUCCGUCAUGUCCUCGCCUCGGCGCUGCAUGAGUUCUCUACAGGCUCCCAGGUAGACGGCGCCGACGCCUUCCAACAGCCCCAUCGCAUUACGACAGUACACCCUGAGACAAAGGCCACGACUCUGUACAUGCCAUCAUGCGGCCCUGAAGGCAUGGGCUGCAAAGUCGUGUCGCUGACGACAUCCGCCGCCAUGCAGGACCCCUCCGUCAAACCCAUCAGCCCGACCGGCGUCGUCAACCUCUUCUCCCCCGACGGCGAGCUCACCGGCGUCGUCCACGCCAGCAGCCUGACGGCCUUCCGCACGGCGCUCGGCUCCGCGUGCCUCGUCUCGCGCCGCAACCACGUCCGCGACAUUACCGUCUUUGGCAGCGGCUCGCAAGCCUACUGGCACGUCCGCCUCGCGCUCAUGAUGCGCGGCAGCACCGUCCGCCACGUCUACAUCAUCAACCACCGCUUCUCCGAGAGCGCGGGGCUGAUCCUUAAGAAGUUUUCCGUCAUCCCGCAGGCCGUCAAGGAGCGCGAGGGCUGGGCGACUGCCAAGUUUUCGAUUCUGACGCCCUCGUUCCACGAGUUUGGCCGGCUGCAAAAGGAGUAUAUUCGCGCGUCAGACGUCAUUUACUGCUGCACGCCGUCGCGCCAGGAGCUGUUUGAUGCGCACAUCCUAACGAACCACGAGGGCCGCAAGAAGGGACGUCUGAUUGUCGCCGUGGGAAGCUUCACGCCGGAAAUGCGCGAGCUUCCCGAAGCGCUGCUUCACCAGGUCACAAGGCACCGUGAUAAGCACGACAAGCCGCACCGCCAUUUCCAUAAGCACGCCGAAGAGGGUGGCGUUAUUGUCGUUGAUACCUUGGAGGGUGUACUACAGGAGGCAGGCGAGAUAAUCGCUGCGCAGAUUCCUGCGACACAUCUUGUUGAGCUUGGCGAACUUGUCAUGCUUCACAGAUUACGAGUCGAGGAGUCCGAGGCAGAAGCCUCUGCUUCCGACGCGACCAGCGAAUUUGAACGAACCGACACCACCGACUCCGGCUCAGCCAUGUCCAGCGUCUACGGCAACCAGCCGUCGCGGCCGGGCAGUCCCGCCAGCUCGACCUCGUCCAACCACAAGUCCACUUUCCACCUGCCAUUCCGCACAAAGUCCGGCUCGUCAUCAGAGGGCGAAAAGAAGAAGAAGGAAGACCACAUGGUGCGAUGGCUGCGCGACGGCACUGUCGUGUACAAGAGCGUCGGCCUGGGCUUGAUGGAUCUGGUUGUCGGUACACAUCUCGUCAAUGUUGCUGCCAAGAAGAACAUUGGUACACGUAUAGAGGGAUUUUAA